AGGCAGGGGCUCAGCCACGCACUGUGUCCACCACAAGUUUAUUUUUGGUUGACACGAGGUAAUAAUCGAUUCUUAACAACUACCUGUUACUGCUCAUGGUGAAGACAGUGGCAAUUAGUCAUAUAUAUCACUGUUCGUACUUUAGCUAGCCCCUUACAUGACACGCUGAAGUUAGUUUCAGAUUCGAAGCUUCCGGUUAGGCAUUUAAGUGAAAAGCUAAAAGGAACACACGGGGGAUCGGUCGCCACUUGUAUGUUGACUCAUUUACAUUUUAGCCUCACAACGUGUACGAUGCAGUUACGAAACUUAACAGAUGUGCCAUUCGUCAACAACUACACUUGAGCUUUUCUAACUAUGUUCAUCUAAACGUAAUCAAGAUUGUAAUUUUAAAUUUUUACCAAUAUAAUUAAUUCAAAAAUGUGAAAGUAUGUUUAACGAAGAGUCAAUUGCUAUUGUGUCUUAACACUGAUUCACAACAAGAGAAGCACAACAACGUAAAUGCAGAGGCUAAGCCUACGAUUAUAAAGCUAACUUAAUCGUGUACUAGCCAAACCCCUGAUAGCAUGGCUAAUGCUAACACGCUAGCUCUAUGCUUUUUCUGACCACAAAUUACUGAAUAAACUGUGAAGCUGAUAUAUACACCAUAUUAAGCACAUUAUCAUUUCCUCACCUUGUAUGGAAACAGUAGUUUGAAUCCUUACAGCCUCAGUUUACAGAAAGGCUCUUCCAGAAGCUUCCAACUCGCCUCUACAAAAAGCUGAUUCAGUGACGUCUAUUUCCUGCGACCCGGCUCACCAAAACAAAGCGUGGGCUGAAACCGUUUUGUGACUGUUACAAUCGCACAUAAUAUGCUAAAAUGCCGAUUUGCUGGCUUAUCAGCGAGGAGGGCAAUCACAAACCCAUCCGACUGCCUCACUUGCAGACUGUGGUCCUGGGUCGAGGUCCAGAGACGACUAUUAAAGACAAAAAAUGCUCUCGGCACCAAGUUGAAUUGAAAGCAGAAUGCAACAAAGGUUAUGUCAAAGUUAAACAGCUGGGCUUGAAUCCAACAUCCAUAGACUCUGUGGUGGUGGGUAAGGACAGUGAGGUCAAAAUGAAGGCCAGACAGAAGCUUCAUAUUGUCAACCAGCUCUACCUAUACACUGUACAGUUCAAGGAGGAUACCACCGGGGGCCACGGGGGAAACAAAAGACCCCGAGAGAUGGCUUCAGAGGAGAGAGAGAGCCACAGAGAGGCUCUGAGUGUGAAAGCAGCCAAACAGACAGAAAAGAUCUCUGUGCCAGACAGCCUGGGAGAAAACAUAAAAAACACAGAAAGUUUUGCACCUUGGAGCCAAGGCCUGAAGACCUCAAUGCAAGACCCAAAGAUGCAGGUGUAUAAGGAUGAUAAAGUAGUAGUCAUUAAAGAUAAAUACCCCAAAGCUCGCUACCACUGGUUGGUCCUCCCGUGGCAGACCAUUUCCAGCCUGAAGGCCUUGCGAGAGGAGCACUACGAUCUGGUGAAACACAUGCAUCAAGUCGCUGAGCAGAUGGUUCAACAAUGCCCAGAUGCCACAUCAUUACGCUUCCGCACCGGGUACCAUGCCAUCCCCAGUAUGAGUCAAGUACACUUGCAUGUGAUCAGCCAAGACUUUGACUCCCCUUCUUUAAAGAACAAGAAACACUGGAACUCAUUCACAACUGACUAUUUCAUGGACUCCCAAGAUGUCAUUCAGAUGCUGGAAACAGAUGGGAAAGUAACCGUCAAAGAAGGAACCAGCGAGUUAUUGAAACUUCCUCUCCGCUGUCACAUCUGUCGUAAAGAGCUUCCCACCAUACCAGCGCUAAAGGAACACCUGAAGUCUCACCUCCCCAGAUAAGAAAGUGACCUCAAAGGGAACACAUGCCUCAGUUAAUGUUGGGUUCAUUUAGAAAUGUAGUCAAUUGAGCAAUUUUUUGUUCAGAUUCUUAAGUGACUAGAGCACUAUGUUGUAGCUGAAGUUGUAUUUUCAACUAGAAAGACACAUGUAAGACACGUAUAAUCCUUUUUGACACAAGAGACUGACAAACCAACAGAACAAAUUCAAUUUAUGUUAGAUUUCCUUAACCAAACCCCCAACUCUCUGGUUUGGAGAAUGCCAAAAUAUUGUAUUUUGUUUCAACAUUUCAUAUGUUUAAAUAUGUUCUAUUAAAAUGUUUUC